AUGGCGGCGGCAGACCCUCCUAAUGGAGGCAAUCAACUUUCAUUCUCUGGCUUCUAUGCCAUUCCACCGCUCCCGGCAGCGUCAACAAUGUCCAUGUACAUGCAUAGAGAAGAGCAACACAGUUGGUUUCAUUCCGCAUCAAACAAGCGCAAGCACGACGCGUUGGAAGACAGUGUCGAAGCAUCUGCAGAUGAAAAACGCGGUCGGAAUACUGUCGUGAUUCACCCAGGAUCUCGCUGGUUACGGAUCGGACGCGCGAGCGACAUCCUGCCGUGCACCGUUCCCAACGUGAUUGCUCGUCGAACCCGAAAUGCAAAGAAACUCGAGUUUCACUGUGGUAUCCGACGGCCCAUUCCUCUACGAGCAGACGAAGAGGGUGAUACGAUGGAGGACGUCGAAAAUGCAACAGAGGAUGUUGAAAAGCCGCCUCCUGAACCGUCAGAGGUGGAUGAGGGUACGGCACGUCUUGCGGCUUUCAAGACUGCGUUCAAGGACCGUUUGCGCACACUGGGAGUACGCUAUCAGCCAGGUGCCUCUGAGAGCGGUGCCAACUUCAAUAGGGGGCAGACCUCGGAAAAGAUUCCCGAUCAUAACGACUCGCAGCGUAUUACAUGGAUCACGAGUGUUCCACCGGACAAGACGACAUUCUUUGGACACGAUGUCUUUCUACUAUCCGACAAAAUCCUCAAAGACUUUGAGGUCCAUUGGCCUUUCAGAGGAAUACGACUCAACUGUGACGACAGAUCCGAGCUCCCGGCAGUGCUGAACGACAUUGUGGAUAUUUGGACCAAUGCCUUGGAGCAAGAGCUCGAGAUAAAACGAGCAAACUUCAAGGCAAGUCAUUUCCAAAACAUGGGGGCAGUUCUAGUGGUCCCAGACUUGGCAGAUCGCGUAUAUAUCAAGGAGUUGGUGCAAAUCCUCAUGGUCGACAUGGGGUUCAAGCAAGUCGCCGUCCACCAGGAAGGUGUCAGCGCGACAUAUGGUGCGCAGAUGAGCAACGCGUGCGUAAUUGACGUCGGAGCCGUCAAAUCGACUGUAUGCUGCGUUGAAGAUGGCCUAAUUUUACCCGAUACAAGGAUUGUGCUCAACGUAGGCGGUGACGAUAUCACCGAGACAUUCUACGUGCUCAUGCAGCAGAGUUGUUUCCCUUACAAAGAAAUGGACCUCAGCCGACUCUAUGACUGGAAUCUGAUGCAAGACUUAAAGCAUCAAUAUUGCACCUUUAUGAUUGAUAUCUCAGGUGCCAGACCUUACGACCUGAUAGUCCGGAGACCAGAAAUGCCCACGGAAAAGUAUAAAUACAAAAUGUACGACGAGUAUAUGGUUGCGCCGAGCGUGCUCUUCGAGACUGGAGUCAUCUGGUUCGCAGAAAAGCGCAAGCGUUGGAGACCGCUAUGGAAUCCCGACGUCCAGGAGGAUCUGUCAAACGCGCCAAUAGAGGAAAUGACAUUCGCCAUGAAACUCUCAACAGACCAUAUCCUCAAGGACAUUGCACGCGAGACCGCAGAGGCCCUCGCUCAACGUGCGGCGAUGGAAGUUGACAAUGCAGGCGAGGAGGGCAAAGCGAAUGUACCGGCACCUCUCGAUAUCCCAUCCAGGAAACGAGUUGUGACAAACUUUAGAACGGAGAGCCCACCUCUUGUCCUUCCAGAAGACAUGACCUUCCCCGGCGAACUUCCUAUAGACAUACCCUUUGAGACCUCGAAGCUGCCUCUUGACGUGGCCGUGUUCAAUUCUGCUCGUGGGGCAUCGGAGAACGCGACGGCCACCAUCGUCUCCAAGUUUUUAGAAAACGUACUACUCGUGGGCGGCGGGAGCUUGGUGCCAGGUCUGGCGUACAUGCUCCAGACGCGCCUUCGCGCCAUUGCCGUUGCCUUUUACGGCGCAGACUUGGAGAAAAUAUCCGUCGUUCAAACGCCAAAGGAGCUAGACUCUCGUGUCAUUGUGUGGAAGGGAGCGUCCAUUCUAGCGCGCCUGGAGACCUCGUCAGAAUUCUGGAUUACUCAAAAGGACUGGGACCGCUUGGGCAUGCGUGCGUUUAGAGAUCGUUCACUCUUCUUAUAG